AUGCUGUAUCAACAAUAAUAACAGGCUUUAAAUUAAUAGAGUCACGUUGUGGGCUAGCUAAGUUCUUUGAAUGAUAACGACAUCUUUGGGGCGACCAAGAUCUUGAAGGACCUGCACACGCUUGAGAACGACUCAAAUUUUGAUAAAAUAAACAACACCAACAGCGUCUUCAAUGCUGAACUGGACUCAGCCAAAAAGGAAAGAAACACUGAUUACUCGUGCUUUGUGCACUUCAAGGAUGAAUCUCAGAAAUACUUCAAGCAGAGACAGAGCAAUGCAGGUACUGGUGUAGGUCCAUUCGAUUAUCAUCAUAGCAAAAUUGAAACUAGUAACAAUAUUCAUCAUUAAGCAUUUACGAAUCCCUCAUUUUCGUUUUACUCAGAUGGACAGCAAAACAGCAUCAGCAUGCAGCACAACAGAAAUGUGCUUAUUGCUAAAAAUAGUAUUAACAUCUAGUAGAAACCUAUCCUUAGCAAUCUUAACUCAGAGUAGUAUAGUACUUCAUCCACUCAAAAUAAUAACUUCGUAUAAUCUAGAUCAUCAAGCACUCCAAUUAAUUAAAACAGCAGUACCUUAUCAACGAUUAAUGUGAGAUAAUCUUAUAAUUUCAACAGAAAAUACAUCCACUAGCCAAGCUACGCAAAGGCCAUAAAUCUGGUAUAUCACUAGAACAGAGAAAUCAGAUUAGACCCAGAUUGUGCCUUUCACUAAAAUCUUAUCACUAUUGAUACACUCAUGGAUUUUUACUCAACCAAAGGAGUCAAGCUAUUCCCAAACACUGGACGCGAGUUGGAAGUUGACGAAGAGCCAGAAGCGCUGUACAAGUAUCACCAGAUGGAUCACAGCACUUGCUCUGAAGCUGGUAAGAAUUUUACAUUAGUGAUAAUUGGUUCUGUAGAAAAGAGGUUACACCAAGGAAUCCUGUAAGAAUUGUAAAAGGCGAAAAAGGAAAAGGAGAAUACCAUUCCACUCAUGUACCGCUCAAUCAAAGAGUCUACUAUCUUUUUCAACUCCAAAUUCGAGUCUGGGAAUCUGAGGGAGGUUGAGAGAGUGACAGAUCUUGAGUACAAUCUUUACUUGAACUUCGAUUUCAAUACUCUUAAUUAUACUUAAUGGUAUUAUUUUUCAGUCAGAAAUAUUAAGAAAGGAAAAAUCAAGAAAACGGGACAAAUCAAUGGAGUUGAGGAUGCUUCAGUAUUUCUUAUAGCAAGAAUCAGCUAAAAACCAAGCAUAGAGAGUCAGCAGUAAAAAUUAUAUUAAUCGUUUCAAGUAUUAUAGCCAGAUUAUGAGUAUGAUGAAGAUAAUAUACCAUGCUAUGUGUAUGAUGACGAUGAAUCUCAGACUACUUGCUUGAAUACACUAUCUUUCCAGUACACUUUUGAAUAUGAUCACGAUAUCGUCUUCUUCUCGCAUUUCCAGCCUUAUACAUUCGGAGAUCUGAAAGACUACCUGCACAUUAUCAAGAAAAAAGGCUCACCAGAUUUUAUCAAGAAUAAUCUGAGAAUUCAGAAGCUAUGCGAUACUAUUUCAUCAAACACAUGCUUUGUUCUCUCGAUUUCUGAGAAUGUCUAUGAGUCUAAUAUGCACAAGUAAGUGGUGUACUUAACUUCAAGAGUACAUCCAGGUGAAAGCAAUUCAUCAUUUAUGGCCUAAGGAGUCAUUGAUUUUUUGCUGCAGCAAAGUAACAAAGACGCUUAGACUUUGAGAGAGCUAUUCAUAUUCAAAAUAAUACCAAUGCUGAAUCCAGAUGGAGUAAUUUAAGGCAACUAUAGAUGCAAUAUAUUAGGUGUUGAUCUCAAUCGUCGGUGGACUAAUCCCUCUAAACUUCUGCAUCCUACUAUAUACUAUGCGAAACUACUUGCAAAGUCUUGCAAUGCUGAUCACCAAAUACUUAUGUUUUGUGAUAUGCACGGACACAGUCGAAAGAGAAAUGUAUUUAUGUAUGGAUGUGUGAGUGGCUAGACUGAUAUGAAUCAACACAGAAAUAAUAAUCUCAUCAGACUGAUACCCUAUCUAUUUAGUCAAAAGAGCAAAAUAUUCUCCUUCCCUGAUUGCAAGUUUGCAAAUGAAAAGGAAAAAGAGUCAACAGCUAGAUUAGUCCUAUUUAAAGAGUUUUAAGUACUGAAUUCUUAUACACUUGAAUCUACAUUUUAUGCGCCCCUAAAUAAGUAGUUCAAAAAGAAAUCAAAUGUAGAUGAGGAAUUUCAAAUUAAAGCUGAAGACUUAGUUCUAGUUGGUAAUGAUCUUUGUCAUACUCUCACAUAGAUACUAUAGAGUAAAAUAUUGAAGAAGAAAUUUGUUAUUGAUCUGAGCAAAAAUGGCACUGACAACACAAAUCAAAAUAACUAGCUUUAAAACCUCUAAGUCAAUGUCCCAAUGCCUCAUGUGCUAAAGGAGUCUAAUCUGAACUAGAAAUAGGUUACUUAAAAAGAUCAACAAAGCUAAAAUAAUAAUAAUGCUUAAUCUAAUUGCAAUCCCUCAACAAUACAAACGAACUCAAUCAUACCAAAUCACCAAACUCAAAAUUCAACAAACUUCUUAUAGCAAUCUAAUACAACUAUAAAGAAGAGAACUCAUCGAAUACAGAACAGUAAUUAACAUAGUCAAAUUCCUCAAACUCAUAAACAAUAGGUGCCUAAGCCUAAUGUUCUUGAGCCGCCAUCGUCAGUUGAUGCUAUACUUAUAGACUAAUUUGUAAGUAUGGGUAAGAGUAAGCACUCGCAAGACUAUACGAACAAAAUAUAGAUAAAUAACCUCAAGAAUAGCAUACAUCACUCUCAGACUCCUUUCAAGAAGACUGGUAAGUUAGUCCACAACAAUCUUCCCAAUAGAGUAUCUAACACUGGGUAAAAAGUAGUAAAAACAGUAAACUCCUCUUAAAGUUAAUAGAGACCAAUAAAUGGAAACUUAAUGAUGUUCCAAAAUCAUGAUUAGUAAUCAUUGUAGUUGUAAAUGUCGCAGUAUUAAAAUGAUAUUUUCCCAAAUAUCGUCAAAACUCAAGCUUCAGUAAAAAUUGGAGGAAACACUUCAUAGAAAAGACCAAUCACAACAGUGUCCAACUAAUAAAACAAUAUAAACUUAUCUCAGAGCAUUAAUGAUGUUUCCUAUGGAUAGAUCCCUUUAUAUGGAUUCUAAAAUCCCUUAUCAAUUCAAAAUUAGCAAGUGAUGUUCAUGCAAUUCAAAUAAGACUCUAAUAGUUAUUCUUAAAUGUACAAGAAUAAUCAAAUAAAGCAUUAAAAUUCGCUUUAGCAAUCAUUGUAAUAGCCACUGCAACAUGAAAAUGCUGGAAAUAAUAACUUAUCAAAUAAUAACAGCAAUAAUUUGACAAAUUAAUUGACAUCAAUUAGUAACUUAGAUUUGACUUACAAUACAGCUGCAGCUUAAAUGGUUUAGAAUGCUUUUAAUAACAGUUCAAUAUCGCCAGCUCCUAAAAUGUCGAAUCCAGUUAUAUAGCGUGCAUUAGAGGAUCCAGCACCAAACUCAAAGCAAUAUUAAAGUUCUAAUACUCAGACUACCAAGAAGCCUCAAUCUUAAAUAUAUUAGCAUGGAGUAAUAGGAUCUCAUCGUAGGAAGAUAAUCGAUAAGUUAAACAGUUUCAAGAUGUUUAAUUAGCAGCCAACUAAUACACAUGCAAGCACUGUUUAAAACCCGCAUAAUCAUUAGGGUCCACAUGCUUCUCAAAGCUCAAGCAUUCUUAACACUAGCUCUACUCUCACAGCUCUUACUCACUUUUUCAAUAACCAAGGCAACAACAGUUCAGAUUCUAUCAAGUCUAAUCUUAACAGUAGCUAGAAUACGAAUGCCUUUAAUACAAAUAAUCAGAACAAUGUAAAUACUGCAUUUACUACGAACUAAGCCAAUAUGACACCUGGUUAAAUGGCACAUCAAAAUCAACAUUAAUAAAAUAUAAACUCUAACUAAUGCAACUCUAAUAUUUCACAUGCGCUUUUGAAAUCAAGUAACCUGAAUGGUUCUCACACCAAUGCUUAGAUUUAACAUUAACUAGAUCAAUUAAAAGCCAACAAAUUUUACUAGAAUGAGUUUUCCCCUAAAAACAUAGAUAGAAAUGCUAGAGUAAGUUUGCCUAACCUGAUAAACGGGGCUAAGAAUAGUAAUGAUAUAUACAGGAGUAAUGGAUCUAAUUCUGCCAUGUUCUCAGCUGUUAAUAAUCAUUCUUAUACCUUUGGAGCUUUGAUGACGAACUCCAAUGCAAAUAACAACACAAAUCUUAAUAACAGCAACUACACCAAUAGUACCACCUAAAAUGGCUACAGCCAAUAAAUGAGCAUUGCUAAUAAUAAUAUAAAUAUGCUGGUCAGCAUCGAUUAAUAAAGCUCCAAAGUUAGCGAGGGUAAAGGUGGGUUUUAAUAAGAUAGCAAUCGAAUUAAAGGGAGCUCUGAAGAUAUUUUAUAAUUGUAGAGAGAUAAUUUGUAAAGUAGUCAGUUAUGA